AUGAUUCCUGUAUUGACAGCAUUUUUAUCAUUUAUAUUUUUAUCGUUUGCUUCAUGGUGUAUAGGUGAAGGUGGUGAAAUUUUAGGUAAAAAAUAUGAUGCAUCUAUUAUAGGUGGCUUAAUUAUUGCAUGGCUUAAUACUGCGCCAGAGGCAAUUUUUUUUAUAACAGCACUUAGUAGCGAUAAUACAAGAUUUGCAGUAGGAGCAGUUAGCGGUAGUAGCAUUGUGGUAUGCACAGUUGCAUUGGGAUGCUGUAUAGUUUUAGGUACAAGAAAGAGAAAAGCAGGUACAGUUCAAUUACAACCACCAGUCAAAAGACAAUGUUUAAUUUUACUGUGUUCAAUUAUAAUACCAUUGGCAAUUUUAUUAACUGGUUAUAACAUAUUUUUUGGAUGUAUUGGAGUACUCUACUAUGUAGUAUUUAUUGGAUACUCACUUUUCCACAAAUUACCAGAGGAUGAAAAAAAAGAGGACGAUAUUGAAAUGGGAAUUAAUCAAAAUGGAGCCGAUCCAAAUAGCACUGACAAUAAUAAGGAAGAGGAGGACCAUGAAGAAGAGGAGGAAGAGCAUGACGAACCACUCUAUAAAGGUGUAUUUUAUUUAUUUUUAGGUGGUCUUUUAAUUUGCUAUUUCAGUAAACCUUUCAUUGACUCAAUUGUAUCGUUGGCCUCUUCUUGGGAGGUUAAUCCAAUCCUUUUAGCCUUCUUUUUAGCACCCAUAGCCUCUGAAAUGCCAGAAAUUUUAGAGUCCAUUUCAUUAUCUCGAAAAGGUAAUUCCCAAAGUAUAAAUAUUGCAUUUUCAAAUUUAAUUGGUGGUACCAUUACAAAAACAACUUUAUUAAUGGGUAUCUUUUGCUUCUUUGGUGUUGUCAAGGGUUUUGAAUGGGAAUCACCAACCUAUUCAUUAAGUUUAUUAUUAUUAACUAUUUGUGCCGCAUCAGCAGCAGGUAUUGGAUAUUUCGUACCUAAAAUCAAACAAACACAUGGUCUACUUUUAUUUGCUAUUUUUUCAGUAACAGGUAUUAUUCAAUACUGUUACAAUAUAAACAUCGAUGAUGCCAUAGCAGCCGUUUAA